AUGAGUAGUAGCAAGGAAGGGGGACCGCCCAAAAGGCGGGAGUCCCGCUCGGGUACGACUCGAAAAAAGGUCGCCUCGCUAUCUGCCGAACAGUUGGAGCGAAAGCGGGCCAAUGAUCGAGAGGCCCAACGAUCUAUCCGCCAGCGAACGAAGGAGCAUAUCGAGCAACUCGAGCAACAAGUCGCCAUGCUCCAGGCUCAGGUGAGCGAAAUGCGGCCGCGGAACGAACAAUUCGAUGAGCUGGUUCGACAAAACGCCGCCCUGCAAGAGGAGAUUGCUCGGUUGAAGCACCAACUAGCCGGUUAUACGGGUCGACAGGGCUUUGCAGGUGGUGGUGAGCAGACUGGCCCCUUUCGCAGUGGAUGGAAUCUGGGUGAAGGGCCGAGUACGGCAGCGUCUAGUAUUCCCACGACGAACACGAUGAUGCACUCGUCACACUUCCCUGCACCCACUCAUCUCUCGGCAAAUGUCCCUCGAGCGGCCUCAGCAUUGUCAGUCUCAAGCCGAUCAUCCCACCCCCAUGAAUGGCAGCAGUCAUACUCGAGCACACGAUCGUCGUCGCUGGGCGAGUCGUCGGACCCGGAAUUCUCGGCUCGUGUGGAUCCAUAUAUGAUGGAGGGACAGUUGCAGCAAUCUUCACGCAUGGUGGUGCCCUCUCGCCCUCUCCCAACACCUCAACUCAGCUUUGGGAGUGCCGCCAGCCCAACUCAGUCAGGGUCGGAGUCUUCUUUCUCCCAGAUGUAUCCCGUGGGACAGCAUCAACCACCAGGCCAGCGAGGGGACGGGCUGCAGUCUGUUCCCCAGUCGUCGAUGAACCAACCCGCCGUUGGAUACAUGCCGGGUCAUCGAACGAUGUCUCUGUCUAUGCCUAGCGUUAGCGCUCCGACUCAGUCAACUCCAGUCCCGCCGUAUCCACCGUCGAAUGCCCCAUACCAAAAUCACCCGGGCCAGCCUCCGCAGAGAGAUCCGUCAUAUCCAUAUCCAUGGAACCCGCCGUCGUGA